CCCGACCCGAGCUGUCGGUUGAUAAACGUGUGCCGUGCCCGAUUACGUACGAUUAGAUAAGAUGACCGAACGAAAGAUGACAAACACGAGAUGGUCCGCCAUUGCGCCUUGCAUGGGUCCCCGCCGGUGGGAACUUUAUCAGUUGUUGCCACAUCGUACCUGAAAGCGAAAGCCAAUUCUCGACUAUGCCACUCGAUCUGUACUACAGCAUAAUAUCACCGCCGUGUCGGGUCGUGCUGUUGUUUGCAAAAUGGUUGAAGUUGGAGCUGAACCUCAUCGAGCUGGAUGUGCUGAAACGGGAGCACUACAAGCCAGAAUUUCUGAAGCUAAACCCACAACAUUACAUUCCCACGCUGGUCGAUGGUGAUGUGGUGGUUUGGGAAUCGAGCGCUAUCCUGAUCUAUCUGGCGGAAAAAUACGGCACGGACGAUACGCUCUACCCGAAGGACAUCGCACUGCGCGCCAAAGUAAACCAACGGCUGUUCUACGACAUUGGGACGCUUAUGCGCAGUGUCACCACUUACUACCAUCCCAUCCUUAUGGGGGGCGAAGGCAAGCUAGAGGACUUCAAGAAGGUUCAGGAUGCCGUCGGCGUACUGGACAGUUUCCUGCACGACAGUCGUUGGGUGGCCGGGGAGAAUAUAACGGUGGCCGACUUUGCCAUUGCCGUUACGGUAGCCGCACUGGACGGUGUGCUCAACUUUGACUUUACCGUCUAUCCGAAUGUACACCGAUGGUACGAGCAUUGCAAGCGUGAACUCGUCGGAUACACGGAAAUCACGAAGGAAGCUGCCCAAAAGACCCAAUCGUUCCUGGAGCGAUUUCGUACUAUGCGAGCAGCCGAACAGCAUCAACUUUGCAGUCAGCCACAACAACACAGCAAAGCGCAACAACCGCAGAAGGAUGAGCAACAUGAUCAACAAACGCAACACUACACCGAGCUCCAGACGCCGCCAAAACCGAGCGCACGUGAGAACCCUAAAACAGUUGCGCCAAGCAACACACCAGUGGAUGAAGCUAAAUCGGAUGAGUCGUCACAAAUGUCCACAGAAGAUUAGGUUGCCCCAGCACCACCCGAUGAUAGAUGUCUCGGAUCGUUUGUCUGUGAAAUGGGGUAACGUCGUGAUAAACAUUGUUCGCAGUACGGCUUCUGUGCUGCGUAAGCGUCAAGUCAAUAAAUGUGCCCAAACGUGCCACGCUUAUCGCUCAACGCUGGCGGUAGACCGUAGCGGUGAAGCGGAUGCACAAGA